AUGGCGGAUACAUUGAGAACAUACAUCUAUCAUGCUGCUAUGCUCGUGUUCACUUGUUCGGGCACCUUGAUCAACUUUGCCACCGUGUGUGCAAUCUGUCUGAACAAGGUGCUAAGGAAGAAACAGCAUAUCUUCACUUUCAACAUGGCUCUCGCAGAUUGCAUCUCAGCUGUUUCAAUGUUCAUCUCCAACUUGUAUGAGAUUCCCGAGAUUUCAUUUGAAAUGGGAGCUGAAUCAUGGAUUGAAUGUCUGUUUGUGACUGGUUUGGUCAUAUCGAUACUAAGUACACUCGCCAUCGCCUUCGAGCGUCUCAUCAUCCUUCGCAUUGACGCUCUCGGAAGCCGUCGCAUCGUCACUGCCAGGCGAUCUAUAACUGUCUGUAUGGUCGUUUGGAUAAUUGUGCCGGCGGUGUAUUUUAUUCUUCGUGGAUUUAGCAAAGCUGUAUCACACACUCUUCUGUAUUUUGUAUCUCCGUGUAUCGUAAUGGCAUCUCUCUUCAUCACGGCCAUAUGUUACAUCCUCAUUUACAAAAAGAUCGCCCAGAUCUCGGAAAACGUCGUACUCAAUGACGCAGCGCUCCAGCGACGUGCGAAAAACAGCAAGAAAGUACUCAUGACCUUUGCCCUUGUGGUCGCAAGCACUGGCACGUGCUGGAUCAUCAUGGGUUUCUUUCUUGUGGUGGGGUACAUCUACUCUCUCAUUGCAAACAAGCAUCAGGCUCAGUUCGAAGAACAAUGGUUCAUGGAUGUACUUUUCGAUAUUGGCGACGUGUUGGUAAGCAUGAACGGCAUACUGAACCCGGUCAUAAUCUGGUUGCGUCUUACUGAUUUCAGAGCACAGCUACGCGCUGGCUUUGUGAGACUAGGGUGUCGAAAGGAUGAAUUCCAGAACUCGUCCCAAGUGACAUCAGAUCCGACAACCGCCGUAACCAAUCGAUCCGUCUCUACCAUCAACCUCACUAUGGACGACAUCUAG